AUGGAUUUCCUUCCACGUCCACAAAACUCUCUAUAUCCUUGUCCCGAGAUAACUCUAUUGAGCUUGGAGCAGUACGAUGGCGAAGAUUUCUACACGUACCCGGAACGCCAAGGCUGGGGGCCCCGUACUCCCAAGAAAUGGGGUGAAUGCUUCGCCGACCCCAACCACAAAUUCAUCGCAAUGGUGGAAAGAUGGCUUUUGUUUGGAUAUCUCUUUACCUUCUUCGGAAAAGACAAAGUCAAGAAAACCAACUUCGUAGACUGGAAGGGCAAUCCCCCAUAUCCAGUUUUGACGAUGCGGGAGUUACCCCGACUAUUUUUGACGAAGGACCCUGUUAAAAGUGGCUCCAACUUCGGACUGCUCCUGGAGAUAGUAUUACUGAACGAACGUUUCAUUCGAACAAACGAAGGUAUCCUAAUCGAGGAGGGAGCGAAUUCUGAAAUUUCUUUGGAUCAAUUCAUCAUGGAGUUCAAUGUUGAAGAUGUGAGGUCAUCGUACAUCUCACUGUUGACCUCAAUUAUUUUUGAAAUGGGCAACGAGACCUAUUAUCAACUGGUUCAUCAGCGACCAUCUCUCAGCCGUCAAUUUAUAGCGUUCAACAUCGCAACUACAAACAUGCUCUACACGGAAUUUCGGCUGAAUGGUUGGUGCCCAGCAGACCUGGUCACUAUAUUCCAACGCUUCAAUACGUCUUGCUUUUAUUUCCUUCUAAAUAUGACCAAUCCCCAACCGGCCGCGGAUCACUUAGACAUAUUAGCUGUUGAGGCUACCAGUACUCAAACAGCUCAGACCACGCCUUCAGCACCCAAUGGUUCAGCAAGAGAAAGACAAGUCUUAGAACAAGACCAAAACCAUCAUUCCAGGGACGAUAGGCCCCUAUGUACUCCGCAAACAUGCAAAGCAAGGGUUUUUGACGACGACACAUACAAAACUAAGCAUGCGACCUUGGACUGCAGCUGUGAUUUUGUUAAGGCCGACACAUCAAAGCUUUGUGAAAUACUGCAUAAAGCGUCAAUUCCUCUCAUCGAGUCAGUAGACCCAGAUGAUGAGCAUGCAGAAAUUACCUUCAUUGAGGCACAACCAGGAAUCAAGUAUGUUGCCAUUUCACAUGUAUGGUCCGACGGCUUGGGCAACACCUCGGAGAAUGCCAUACCAAGAUGCCAGCUUCAGAGACUGAGUCGGCACGGAGAUUACGUGUACUUUUGGUUGGACACCAUUUGCAUUCCACCAGACAAGAUUUGUGGAUGCACCUGCACUCCGAUCAAGUCAUGCGCCCCUCCCUGCAGUGGACAUGAACUGGAAGCUGCACAAAACAUAUCUCUUGGGCUGAUGCGAAAGACAUACGAAGAUGCAGAAGCGGUUCUUGUUCUUGAUUCCUGGAUCUUGGAAACCACUUGUGAAGGAAAGUCGCAUAUAGAAACCCUUCUCAAGAUCUUUACCUCGUCAUGGACCCGGCGGCUGUGGACGUAUCAGGAAGGCUUCCUGGCAAAGGUCUUACACUUCCAAUUUCUCGAUCGAACUCUCGAUGUAGAUAACGCCGUUAUUGAGCUACAGGAAUACUCAGAUGUGAUCAUCCGUCUCACUUUCUUGUCGCCAAUUAUGGCGGCAUACUGGGAAUUACGCCACCACGCCCAGUCACAUCGACUUAUACGAGGCCGUUUUUGGAACCUAACUCUACCUUUGCCUGGGCUUACAAGUGAAGAGGGGCGUACGGGAGAACACACCGUUCGAAAUGAUGAAAGGUCCUGGACACCAGAAAUGUAUGAGAGCGUUUCAGAAGACCAACCAGAGGAAGGUGAUGAAGAGAAACUUGCUAGAAGGCUUAUCACCGCCGCAUCAGCAGUUUACCACCGAAGCACCAGCGUUAUAACUGAUGAGCCACUUUGUCUUGGGGCCGUCCUCGGCCUAGACCUUGGAAAAAUAGCAGCCACUGAACCUGAUUACAGAGCCGAAAAAUUUUGGCAAAUGUUCCAGAUGGUCCCUAAACAGCUGUUAUUUUUAAGUGGGCCUAAAAUCGAUGUCCCCAACUAUCGGUGGGCGCCUCUCAGUCUCCUUCGUACUAGUCAACCUGUGCUUCACUCGGAUGGCGACAAGAGUCAGCUGUCUUCAUGGUGGGACUAUAAUACAGAGUUUAUCAAGCGCUCGGAGAAUGGCCGCUUGGUAAUUUACACAAAAGGUUUCAUUCUUUCCCCGGCAUCCAUGACAAUCGCAAAAUAUCUCUGGCUGCGGCUGCCAGAUAGCGAAACGAUCUGUGUGAUGAGGCCGGAACAAUCAGACGCGUGUGACCCCAGUAAUGACUUCAAAAACGGCAUUAGGGCAGAAGAGGAUUACGGUUGCAAAGAGCUUGCCAUUCUCACUAAAUCAGCUGACUCGGAAGUUACUCACACUUCCGAUUGUAUUCUGGUCGCCAUUCAAAAGACUGGCAAUGAUGGUGUAUAUUGUCGAAGAAUAUGUACUGUCGAGCUCUUAGCCCUGGACCCUGGAUCGCUCCAUGUUGGACAUGUUAGUAGUGCGGAGGACAUGCUGCAACGUUUAUCGCUCGAUUUGCCCGAAAGCUGCGUGAAUCGAUCUGGAGUGGUAGGGGCAUUAGUGCUUCAAGAAGUGAGAACCUUGGAUUGGUACGUCGGUUAA